UAAAAAGGUUCUGGGAGGUUAGGGUUUUUCUUUCUCUAGUCGACUGCAGAGUGCCUAGUUCUCCUCCUUUCGGUCGACCUUUUCUUACCAUCUCUCGAUCAUGGCGGAACAGACGGAGAAGGCAUUCCUGAAGCAGCCGAAGGUGUUCCUAUGUUCGAAGAAAAGCGGAAAGGGGAAAAGGCCCGGGAAGGGUGGAAACCGUUUCUGGAAAAGCAUUGGUCUGGGGUUCAAGACGCCGAGAGAAGCUAUUGAAGGAACUUAUAUCGAUAAGAAAUGCCCCUUCACUGGGGAUGUUUCCAUCAGGGGUCGCAUUCUUGCUGGCACCUGCCACAGUGCUAAGAUGAUUAGAACCAUCAUUGUUCGCCGCAACUACCUUCACUAUGUGAAGAAAUACCAGAGAUAUGAGAAGAGGCAUUCCAAUAUUCCUGCCCACGUAUCUCCAUGUUUCCGUGUGAAGGAGGGUGACCAUGUAAUCAUUGGACAGUGCAGACCUUUGUCCAAGACUGUGAGGUUCAAUGUGUUGAAGGUCAUUCCAGCAGGAUCUUCUGGUGGUGGUGGAAAGAAGGCUUUCACAGCAAUCUAAGGCUAAUCGAAGUUUUAGAUAGCAAAUAGCUUUAAGCCCCAUGGACCCUACCUUGAUUUCUUGAUCUUCUAGUCUUGCUAUUUUAUAUUUGGCGGAUAGGAUUUUAAGACAUCCAUUCUUUUGGGUUGAUUUUGAAAUAUAAUUUCAUUGUUUUAAGUUUAUUUUUGAAAGCCAUUGUUUCAAUGUUUA